AAAUCGUUCACUUUUGUUGAGACAUUCCUCUGUUAGUGCAGGUACUGAGGCAAACCUACUAAAAUGCCAACUCAGCAACUAACAUAAUUUUAAAUAGAUUUGCAUUUUUUUCUGGAUGCUUGUUAUAUCUUCAUAAUUUUAUCAGGAAUACAAAAGCUGUUUGGAAUUUUACUAAUUCUUCAUUUAUCUGUUUAAUAUGGCUUCAUGGAUCUUUGAGAAUCUAAUUUUUACACUAGUUCUUAUUGUGGCAACAAAUUUUGUUCCUGGAUAUACAGUUGUAGAUGUCGCUAUUAAUGGUAUCACAACUGACUACAUUAUCAUCAGGAAUAUCUCAGAUUUUGUUUCAUUAACAUGCGCAGCAGUCAACAACACCCAUGAUGAAGAGUUAGUCUGGUUUCGUGGAGACAGAGAAAUUAACUUGAAGUCUAAGAAUCGGAUCAAUGUUAGUACUGUCUGCAUUGAUCCAAUUACAGAAAAUGACGAUGAAGCUAAGUUCAGCUGCCAUUUAAAUAAAAACCAUAAAAUUAAUACAACUGUGCGCCUGGACAUCAAAUUUAUGCCGAUUUUGAACAGGGAUGGUGAUGGUCAAAUAGACGUGUAUGCAGGAAACAAUGUAAAGCUACAAUGCAAUGUGAAGUCUAAUCCACCAGCUGCGAUGUCCUGGCACAAAGAUAACAGUGCCCUAAAGAUGGUGACAGGCAAACACAGUGUGUACUGGGACAGUGGUGUUUUUACUCUAUCCAUUAAAAAGGUAGAGAACACAGACAAUGGGACGUAUGUCUGUGUGGCUGACUCUGCACUUGGAAGCAACAAUUUGACCUUCCAUCUAAAUGUGAAAGAUAAACCGUAUGUAGUACCAUUUGAACCAAUUGUUGCUGGGCUGACAGUUGUUUUGCUGACUGCUUUUUUCGGAAUCUUUUCACGGCGAAAAAUAAUUAUUCAGGCCUGUAAAAAGAAAACCAACAGCAAUAGAUAUAUUGAGUAUGAUACUCAAUAGGAAAGCAUGACUUGUAGCUUGGCAGAAACUACAAAUUCCUCAAAAGAAAUUUAAUCCAAGAUGGAAUUUCAUUUUCCUGUGGAAUGUCAAAGGAACAAAGACAGAGAUAAUGAAGAAAAUCAUUAAAGUAUAAAGCAGCAUAAGAAGAAGAAAUGUACUGAUUUCACCCUGCCUUUUUGUGCACAUAUAAUUUCAAAUACUCCCUCCCUCUCAAUUGUUUGCAUCAAACUAUUUACUUUGAUUAACUGUGUCUAUAACCUUCUCCAUGGCAUUGCAUAUAUGAAUUAAAAAUCAAAUAUUUUCACAAUUUUGUUGUAAGAAGCCAUGAUUUGCCACACUAAAUAAGUUGCUUCUUCAGUAAACUUCGUGAUAAAUUUUCUGACUUUUUAUUUUUAUUCAUUGACUUGAUAUUUGCUUUUAACUCAUUUCUGUUUUAAUUGAGAUAAAAUAUUUUAAGCGUGUUUCUCAGUGCUGUAUUUUUAAAAAGGCCAAAAAUGUGCCUUGGAAAAAAAAUACUUUUAAAUAUUUUAUUUGUUGUUAAAAUUUGUGAAAUAUUGUAUACAUCUUUAAAUUGAUCAACUUCCCCAA